AUGCCGCCACCACCGCAUAUCAAGCCUGAGAAUGUCCUCAAGAGGGCCCAGGAACUUAUCGCCGUCGGUCAGGCUCCCGCUGCCUUGACCGUCCUCCACGAACAUGUCACCUCAAAGCGCACCCGUAGCAGCCCCAUCGCCUCGCUCGAGCCCGUGAUGCUCCUCUUCGUGGAACUGUCUGUCGACUUGCGCAAAGGAAAGGCCGCCAAGGAUGGUUUGUACCAGUACAAGAACAUCGCCCAGAACACCAACGUCGGUACCAUCGAGGUUGUUCUCAAGAAGUUCAUCGAGCUCGCCGAGCAGAAGGUCACCGAGGCCCAAGCAAAGGCCGAUGAGAUCCAGUCUUCCCUCGAAUCUUCUGGUCCCACCUCCAAUGUCGACGAUCUCGAGGCCAUCGAAACCCCCGAGACCAUCCUGCUGGCCACCGUCUCCGGUGAACAGUCCCGGGACCGUACCGAUCGUGCCGUCGUCACUCCCUGGCUCAAGUUCCUGUGGGAGACUUACCGUACUGUCCUCGAGAUCCUCAAGAACAACGCCCGUCUCGAGAUUAUGUACCAGUCGACCGCUCUCCAGGCAUUCCAGUUCUGUCUGAAGUACACUCGCAAGACCGAGUUCCGUCGUCUGUGUGAGCUUCUGCGCAACCACGUCCAGAAUGCCGCCAAGUACUCUUCUCAGAUGCACGCCAUCAACCUGAGCGAUGCCGAUACCCUUCAGCGCCACUUGGACACCCGUUUCCAGCAGCUGAACGUUGCUGUUGAGUUGGAACUGUGGCAGGAGGCUUUCCGCAGCAUUGAGGAUAUUCACACUUUGCUCAACUUGAGCAAGCGCCCAGCCAAGAACGUUAUGAUGGCUAACUACUACGAGAAGCUCGCCCGUAUCUUCCUUGUCAGCGAGAACUACCUCUUCCACGCCGCUGCAUGGAACCGCUACUACAACUUGCUCCGUCUGUCUACUGUGGCCUUGGCUUCUGGCCAGAGCACCAAGAAGGACAACCCCUCUGUUACCGAGCCUGAGAUGACCAAGGCUGCUUCUUUCGUUCUGCUCUCCGCUCUAUCCAUCCCUGUUAUCAGCACCACCCGUUCCCGUGGUGCUUUGGUCGAUGUCGAUGAGGCCCGUAAGAACAAGAACACACGCCUUACCAACCUGCUUGGUAUGGCCCAGCCCCCAUCUCGAUCCGUUCUGUUCCGCGAUGCUCUGAACAAGGGUCUCCUCAAGCGUGUCCGCCCUGAGAUCCGUGAGCUUUACAACAUUCUGGAGGUCGACUUCCACCCUCUCUCCAUUUGCAAGAAGAUCACCCCCAUCCUGAAGCAGAUCGGUGCCGACCCCGAGAUGGAGAAGUACGUUGUGCCUUUGCAGCAGGUUAUCCUUACUCGUCUGUUCCAGCAGCUGUCCCAGGUCUACGAGUCCGUUGAGCUCAAGUUCGUCUACGAGCUUGCUCAGUUCCCCGAUCCCUUCCAGAUCACCCCCGCCAUGAUCGAGAAGUUCAUCAUGAACGGUUGCAAGAAGGGUGACCUCGCCAUCCGUGUCGACCACAUUUCUGGUGUUCUCACAUUCGACUCCGACGUCUUCUCCUCGUCCAAGGCUAUGCACGCUGGCAGCUCUGCUGGCUCUGCCGAGCUCGAGGUCGGCUCUAUCCAGCGUCUUCAGCACACCCCCGCUGAGAUCGCUCGCUUCCAGCUUGCUCGCCUGGCUAAAACCCUUCACACCACCUGCAUGUAUGUUGACCCAUCAUACAAUGAGGCUCGUCUCCAGGUCAAGCAGACCGCCCAGGCUCGCGCUUUGGCUGGCGCUGCUGAGGAGCACGAGAAGACUCUUGCUCGUCGUGUCGUCAUCGACAAGAAGAAGGAGGCUGCCACCGACGCCUUGCAGCGUAAGCAGCGUGAGGAGGAGACCCGCAAGCGUAUCCGCACUCAACAAUUGCAGGACGCCGAGAAGAAGCGUCUUGCAGAUGAACAGCUGGAGCGUGAGCGCAAGCGCAUCAAGGAUGAGCAGGACCGCAUCCGCCAAGAGGAGCUUAAGAAGCAACUCGAGGAGCUUAAGACCGGUGUUAAAGGUAUUGAUAUCAGUGAGUUCGACAUGGACGAGCUGGAUGGCAACCGCCUGCGUGCCAUCAAGCUUGCCCAGCUUGAGAAGGAGAAGAACGAGCUGAACGACCGUGUCCGCACCACCGCCAAGCGUAUUGACCACUUGGAGCGUGCCUUCCGUCGCGAGGAGGUUAAGCACAUCCCUGCCGACUACGAGGCACAGAAGAAGGCCGACUUGGAGCUCUACGAUGCCCAGAACGCCGACACUCUCAAGGAGGCCAAGGAGAAGCACACCGAAGCUGUUGCCCUUAAGCACCGUCUGAGCCGUCUGGUUCCCUCCUUCACUACCUUCCGCAACGAGGUUUCCGAGAAGCGCCACGAGGAGUUUGAGAAGCGUCGCAAGGCCGCUGAGCGCGAGUUCGAGGCCAAGAAGAAGCAGCGUGUUAAGGAGGUCCAGGAGCGCCGCCGCCGCGAGAAGCAGGAGCGUGAGGAGGAGGAGCGCCGUCUGAAGGAGGAGCAAGAGAACGCCGAGCGCGAGGAGCAAGAACGUGCCGCUCGCGACGAGGAGCGUCGUGCUGCUCUGGCUGAAGAGAAGGCCCGCCGUGACGAGGAGAGAGGAAAGUUGGACGAGAUCGCUGCCCGCCAAAAGCAGCGCGAGGACGAAGCAGAGGCCCGCCGCAAUGCCCGGAAACUGGGAGGUGGUGCCCCCGCCCCUGCCCCCGCUUCCUCUGGAUUUGGUGCAGAGUCAAGCGAGCGUUCUGCUCCUCGUCUCAACCUUGCCGCCCGCACAGCUCCCUCUGGCGGUGGUGGCUGGAGAGAUCGCCUGGCUGCCAAGGGCGAGAGUGCUGCCCCCGAAUCUCCCCCCGCUGCUGAGGAGGCUGCUCCCCGCAAAUCCGGAUACGUUCCACCUCACCUCCGUGCUGGAGCCGCUGCUGGCUCUGGCUCCGCCCCUCCCCGUGAUCCCCCCUCAAACGGACCUACCGAGCGCUGGACGCCCCGUCAUGCGCGUGAGUCCGAUGCCCAAGACGACGCUCCCCCGGCUCCCAAGGCUGAGGAGUCUAAGCCCGCCGGCGGCAGGUGGGUUCCAAAAUGGAAGCAAUCGCAGAGCUAA